GAUCUGUACAAGGAGACCAUGAUGGAGGAGCACCAGCCUCUUAUAUCACAAGAUGGAUCCAGGAGGAGAAAUCCAUCAGAGAGAUGUCCCUGUCUUCUGUAUUCCCAGGGCUGUCCAGAGGAGAGGGUCCUAGAGAAUCCUCAGAUGAUAAAUCAGUGGGAAGACCUGACUGAUAUUAAAGUGGAGGAUGAAGAAGAGUGGAUGAUGGGUGAUCCCUCCUGUAGGAGUGAGGUGGAGGAGGAAAUUCCAGAAGAUUUCAACACAGAAAAGCCCAGUAAAAAUUGUUAUGGAAAUGUUAUAUUAUCUCUAAAUUCUAAAGCAGAAGAUGAAGAUACCAUGCAGCGUUCUUCAGGAGAAACUCUCAUUACCCUUAAUGUACAUCCAGGACUCCACAGAACAGAUGUAUCUUAUAAUCUCCCUAAUCAUGAGGAACCUGAAGGGGAUAAAAGAUUUCAGUGUGGUAAAGUGUUUAGUAAAAGAUCAAGACUUUCUACACACAGAAGAAUUCUCCCAGGGAAAAAGCCAGACUGCUGUGAAGAAUGUGGGAAGCACUUCACAAAGAAAUCACAUCUUGUGUCACAUGAAAGAAGUCACACAGAAGAGAAGCCAUACUCCUGUUCAGAAUGUGGGAAGUGGUUUACAGAAAAAUCAAGUCUUGUUAGACAUGAAAAAAGUCACACAGGAGAGAAACCGUAUUCAUGCUCAGAAUGUGGGAAAUGCUUUAUUGGGAAAUCCUAUCUUGUUAUACAUCAGAAAAGUCACACAGGGGAG